CUGCUCAGCUGGACCAAUUCGUUGUUACUUAUAUUAAUUUACUUAGUAAGACUAAGCAAUUUUAUGUAUAUAACUUAUGUAUAAUAAAAUUCUCCAUUUACGAUGGUCCAACGGAAGCGUAAGUUAUCUGAUGAUGUGGAAGGUGUUGAGGAACCUUGUAAGUGCCCAUAUGCAUCGAGGGAUAUGCCAGUAAACACUGUCUCCUCAAGUACUAAUUGUAAUUCUCCAAGUGGUGCUUCAGUUUUACCUACCAAAGGAACAAACUCAUGUGAUAUGUCAGUUUCAAAAGUAAAACAUGAAAAAGAUGGUGAAGUACACAGUGAAACGGAGGAGACGAAAGAUGUAGAAGAAGAUGUUGCAGUGGACUUAGAUGAAAGUCAAGCACUGAGAGUGUUUGAUGUUCUUGAUGAAGAAGAUUAUGAUCAAGAUUCAGAAAACCAGUCAGAGGAGAGUUUUGACUCUGAUGUUCCAGAUGAAGAAAUUGAGGCUAUGUUAGAAGAAGGUUUACCAGAGGAAUUUAAGGGCAGAAGGAGGAAAAGUUUUGGCCAAAAAGAUGGUGAAGAUGCCAGCUCACAAUAUGAAGAAAAGGAGAAGAUUGUGUUAGAAGAAAUAGGACACAAUCACUUUGAUGUAUUACCAGAAGGUUGGGUUCAGGUGACUCACAACAGUGGGAUGCCAGUCUACCUCCACAAACAGACCCGAGUCUGCACUCUAUCUCAGCCAUACUUCCUUGGGCCUGGCAGUGCUAGGAAACAUGAAGUACCAUUGAGUGCAAUCCCUUGCCUGCAGUACCGGAGAGCUCUAGAGGCUGAAGCUGUAAACAAACAGCAAAUAUCUACUGCCAAUUCUGAUCCAGCAGCCACCAAUAUUGCAAAUGGUGAUAGGCCAUCACUGCCAAGUGCCUGCAUUGAGACACUACAGGAGAACAAAGCAACACAGUCAUUGAAUGCCCUCCAAGUGCGGGAGUACUGCCAGAAAGUGUUCCAGUUCAAAGCAAUAAAGGUCCUCAGGUUCAAGUCAUGGUCAGACAGAAGGCGUUUCACGAAACAAAGAAAGCACCAAAAGUUACAGAGACCAACAUUACCAGAAGGAACCAAACUAAUCAAAUUUCCUUUGCCUGUUCAAAACCAAGACAGUGGGAAAGGGCAUCCCAAUAUACGUGGACCAAAAAAGGAGUGGAUAAUGAACCCAAAUGGCAAGAGCUAUGUGUGUAUCCUUCAUGAAUAUGUUCAACAUGCACUUAAGAAACAGCCAUCAUAUGAGUUCAAGGAGCUAGAGAAUGCUGCUACCCCAUAUGCUGCAACAGUGACAAUUAACUCUAUGCAAUAUGGAGUUGGAUAUGGGACCAGUAAAAAGCAAGCAAAGUCAGAAGCAGCACGAGCAACUCUUGAGAUUCUAAUUCCAGAAAUGAGGGAGAAGAUACAGGAAGAUAAGCGAGUUGGGGCUCGUGGAACCAGCAAGAGCCAGGACACAGAUCUCUCAUUCUUUGAUGAGAUUAAGAUUGAGGAUCCUCGAGUAGCAGAAUUGUGUGCAAAGACUACAGAACCAUCACCUUAUGCUAUUCUCCUGACAUGCUUACAAAGGAACUUUGGUCUUGGUGAAAUGCACAUCAAAUAUGAGGUUAAUACACUCCGCCACCAGAAAAAUGAGUUUACCAUGACAGUUGGUAGACACAGGGCCAAAGUGAUCUGCAAGAACAAACGUGAUGGAAAACAAAGAGCAUCUCAGUCCAUUUUACAAGCCCUGCAUCCUCACAUCACAAGCUGGGGAUCACUGCUCCGGAUGUAUGGUAACCGAUCUGUGAAAAGUAUAAAGGAAAAAAAGCAGGAGGAGCAGGAAAUCACACUGUUACAGAGCAAAGCCUCAAUCAACUCACCCAACUUCGCUAUCCUGGAUAAACUGAAGUCUGAGAUGAAGAAACUGAAGGAAGUAAAGGCUGCCAUUCAACCAAUUGGCAAGUUCAUUCCACCUGAUGAUGUUGCACUGCCAUCUUCUUCUGGGGCUGACUUGAACAAUGUGGAUCUGUGAUGUCAUGAUCAACAUUCUGAUAGCUUUGGAGCGUGAACUUACAAUGAUACUUCUUCACAGCUGUUGCAGAAAACUGGAACCAGCAUUACAUAGCAAUGAUGUAAUGGGUCAGAAUUCAUUACUGUCAGUUCAUACAGGUAGCAGUACCUUCGGCCAUUGUCAUAAAUCAGUGUGCUUAAGCAUCUGCCUUCAUUAUUUUAGUAACCCAACCAUUUGCAUGAAGUCAGUCUUUCACCAACUGCUGAUUUAAGGUCCAUUUUAUACAUUUCAAUAUCUGCACCAUGUCCAGGUCUUCCAUGCACUUUGUGGACAAGAAAAUUUACACUUUUCUGGUACAUGUCGGUGCCAUUACCAAUUUUCACUGAUUUAACAGAACACAGUUUCUUCAUUGUUGUGUCCUUGUAGGGUAUGAACAUAACAUCUUCUCUUGAAGAAUUGGUGGAGGUUUCAUUGCCAGUAGAUGAAGAAGAGGAAGCCAGUUAAUAAUAUCCUCAUUCUGUCAAAUCUUAUUACAUUUAAUUUUAUUGGUUUCUUGCAGAUUUCAUUUUGGUGUUUAUAUUACAUAUUUUGUUUUAUCAGUUUCUAAUGGACUGUUGAUAAUAAUUGGUGGCAAGACUUGGAAGAGGCUAGCAGGCUAGGAAAAACACAUUGCUGCUGAAGCUGAAUAGGAAGAAGUUGGUGAUGAAGUUUCUCUUAAGUUUGUUAGGAGCAUGAUACAUGUUAUAACUGAUGGUUCCACGUUUUUCCUGCUUCUUUUCUGUAACUUCAGUCAUAUCUAUUGUCUUGUAUGGCAGAAAGAAAUGUUAGUUUUAUCCAGAUUUAAUUAAGAGGACAUACAGUUUUAAUGGUCUCAAAAUUCUGGAGAGAAAUGCGCCAACAGGAUCUGGCAUGGUGAUAUUGAAUGCUGGUACAUUUAUUUUAAAUAUUUAAUUAACUUGUCAGUGGUGUGACAGAAGAAAGCCAAACCAGUGGUACGAUAGGGUAUGAGACACUCCAAACAGUGUUUUACAAUUCAUUUAUGUACAGUUGCAGUUUGAAUGACGUAGAAGAUUGAAUACAGAGAAGUCAAAUAAGAUAUUACAACUUAUGUUGACGUUUGAAUUUGUCUGUUAUUUUUACAUCGUCCUAGACACCUGAAUAAUGUAUUGUCAACGCUAAUUAUACAUGGAUCCUCCACACAUCUUCUAAGCACAAACCAAUAUUGCAUCUGUGGCAGGUGUACCUAGAUUUGUUAUUUUUAUUUUUUCUUGUAGAAAGUACAACCAGUGAGGCAAAAUUAUUUUUCUUGUCAUCUUGGCUCUUGCUGUGGUAUCAGUCGAUUCCCAUUUCACUUUCAGGGGAAGCAUACUUUUCAAUGGCUGCUUUUAAUUAAUGUGUCUCUUCAGAAGUUACAGUGAUUCCAGGUAUCAGUGGUAUGUGCUUCAUAUCAGUGUUAUGGAUGAUCUCUGCAGUAACUUCUGCUACAUUCUUCAGAUUGAAGAAGACUGUCAGAAAGUGUCUGCUGCUCCUUGACACAUCUCAGAUUACUGACAGUGUGUCCACUACAUGAGCAUAACAAACAAAAAAAUAUUAAAAAAACUCCUUAGCUUUAGUCUGCAAGCAAACUGUACUGACCAGGCAUCUGCAGCUUGUUGGCAAAGUUAGUGCAAACUUUAGUGGACAGAAUGUGUUGCAUGGUCAGUGCAACGAAUCCCCA